UAUUGUCUAACCGGAUACAAUGUUUUCACUAAUUUUUUACUAAAAAUACAUGAAAACCCAUAGAAAAAUAUGGAGUUUACGACAUUAAAUACGAUUCUGCUUAAGUUCCUUAGCUGAAACUCCUAAAACAUUCCAAACCCUGGCUCAAAAAAGUAAAAUUUGCAAAGGGCCAUGGCGUGAAAUGCUGCGCGCGCCUUAUAUAAGCCCGGCUCUGGAGCCCCACCACAGUCUCCACGCGUUCACCGCGUUGUGUGCACGCGACAAAAUGGCCUCUCUCGCAGUGUUUGAUUUCGAUCGUACUAUAGUCGACAACGAUUCAGAUGCAGUCGUGAUAGAGAAAUUAAGGGAAAAACAGCCUCCACCAGAAUGGGAGUCCGAAAAUCGCGAUUGGACGCCGUACAUGAGCGAUGUAUUCGAGCAUGCCUACUCCGCCGGUCUCCGAGAGUCUGACGUACUGAGUGCCAUAGCCUCAAUGAAGGCCACUCCGGGCUGUAUACACAUGUUAAAAGCUUUACAUAAGGCUGGCUGGCAUAUAGUGCUACUUACUGACGCGAACACGGUAUUCGUACAACAUUGGCUGUCCACACAUCAGUUAGAGGACUGUAUAACGGCUGUGAUCACCAACCGCGCCUUCUGGGACCAAGGCCGGUUGUACAUCGAGCCCUGCAUGCGGCAGACAGCCUGCUCCCGCUGCCCCACCAACCUGUGCAAGUCACUUGCACUCGCCCAGUGGUGCGCGCGGCACCAGUACUCGGCUAUAUGCUAUGCUGGCGAUGGCAGGAAUGACUAUUGUCCUGCUACCAACUUGCCCGCUCAUGCAACGGUGUUCCCCCGCCGCGGCUACCCUCUGGACGACUUAAUAAAGAAGAAUCUCUCCUCUUCUACCCCCCACAUAAAGGCCAAGGUGGUGCCUUGGGACAGCUGUGAUACCAUCCUGGAGGAACUUAUCCAGGCUUAGGAUAGCUUAGUAUUCAAAAUACAGCGCUCUUAUGACGUCCAGAAUAACUAGAGAAUCUUUCUCUCAGAAAUGAAAAUUACGCAGGAAAAAAUAAUCUAAAAUGCAGCCAUUUGCUAUGAGCAUUUCUAAUAAUAAAUAUAAAUUAAUUUAAUUAUAGCUCAAAGUGUAUUCAUCCUUACGUGUCGUAUCAUGUAAACAAACGUGAAGUUCCAACAAUGCGAUUCAUAGACAAUGUAGACAUCCUAAUGUCAGAUGAUCCGUUCGUUUUUAAUUCCACACUCCAUAGUUCGUUACUGCGAUUAUUGAUGAAAAUAUUAUUGAAACGAUAUUAUUCAGUGGUUAUUUGGUUGAUUUCAAUACUUUGUGAGUUUCUUUAAGUAUACAACAACAUUUUAAGUGAUGAUUAUUGUGUAAUUCCAGAGAAAAGCGUGAUAAUGUCUUCAAGAAGUGCUUGUUUACAUGAUAGGACAAGUAAGGAUGAAUACACUUUAUAUAGUAAUCAAUGAUUUUUUGAGUUAUGGCUCCAUCAAGGAGUUGAUGAUUCUGCCAAUGUCGAGGUUGGAUAAGACACGGCUAGUAUAUGAAUAUUAUCAUACUACGACCAUAGACAGUGUUCGGUGGGGUAUCCGAUCAAUCUGCAAAGAAAUACAAAUUACCACAGACUAUUAAAACUAUUAAACAAAUGGCUUUGUCAAACGAGUAUAAAUCAUUGUCAAUAUAAUUAAUCGAUGUUAAUUUAAUUUCCAUUCCUUUAAGGAAUAGUAAUCGAUGUGGCUAGAAGCCAUUAAAAAAAGUCUAGAGUUACGAACGCCCAUAAAGUAGUCUGGGGUCACCAAAUGGCAGACCGCGGUCCGGAUCCGUACCGCCGACCUAUACAUUACAUUUGAUUAUUUAAUAAACUCAAGUGUUGUAGAAACAGACCGCGACUGUCAUUUUAUUUUAAAAACCGGACCCUGAAGAAAUUGGUAAUUUGGGCAGCCCAAAUUACCAAUUUCUUCAGGGUCCGGUUUGGGCUAGAUUGUCUACUUAUGCGCGACUUGCUUAUUUCUUCACAAUCAUUGUGUCCUAAUUAAAAGGAAAAAUUUAUACACAGCGCUAUUUUUAGAUCUGCAUAUUUAUAGUUAGGCAUUAGCAACCCUUCGUAUCCCCUAGUCAAAAAUUUGCUACUGAAUAAAUUACCUUGAAAUUGUACAUUACGGUCCAAAUUGUCUGUGACGUAUACGGGACAAGGCAUACGAAAGGUGAAAUCAUUUUUAUGUAAAUAUUUACAGGCAACACUACAUCCUACAUUUAUGUUGCAAAUUGUAAAAUAGAAAAAAAAUAGUUACACUUGAAUUUUUUAUUUAAUUAGCGAAAAAUAUACUAUUAUUUUAUUGUUUAUUAAAUUAAGUAUUAUUUAAUUUAUAUGUCAAUUUUAGUAUAAUGAGCACGAACAUAAUUUAUUUUUGUUAAUAAUACUGGAAUACAUUUCAUCGUAUGAGCUGUUGUGAAUAAGUAAAUGUUAUCUACCUCGUU